UAUUGCAUGUGUGCCGCUUCCAUUAAGUUCAACAAACUUUAAGUGGCUUUUUUAGAUAAUGGGAAACGCGUCCUCUGAGCCAAUUCACUUCAAAUAGCGUGAUACGGCCUGUUUUAGUUUAUUGUAUCUGGAUACGUUCAGGACUAUUGUAUUGGAAAUCAAUGCGAGACGGCAAGACACCGUCCUCGUGCGCCAGCAUGAAAAUGGGCUUCUUUUUUCUUGCUUCUUCCCUUCACAUUUGGAAUCGGCUCAGAUGUAAUUGAAUAACACGGAUCUGAGAGCACGGGUGCAAAGAUAGGGCUCUGAUCAAAGCAUUGCUUCAAUUCCGACGCAGAACGAUGACUUGUGGUUCAAGCCAGGACACUGAACCUCCCCAUCCUCCGUUCUCUGAAAUCUUGUCUUAAAUCAUUAACAAACUUGACACAAAAGGUUCAGGGUGUUCCAGUCUAAAGAGAACGUCAGAAGCGUUUACGUCUGUGUACAAAUGCUUACGUCUUGGGAAUCACCGGUUGUUUAUGUUUGCGUCCUUCAUCAUUAGCAGGCAAUUGUUGAACUCUUGGAAGUGAGUAUUGUACUGAUUUCCUCCCAGUGUGGUUCUCCAUACGCUGUGGAGACAUGGGCCAGUGGCCAUUUCCUUAACUUACCAGGGUGUAAAUAACAGGGUAAGCCUGAAGCUCAUUCACCACUGAUAGACCUUGGGAGACGGGCGAGACAGCCUUGAUGUGCUUCCUUCCCUAUGGGUGUGCGGCGGUUCAGUGUGGGAGAGAGAGAGAAUGAGGGUAUAAAUGGGAGCCGUGGCAAUUGGUGAAAAGAUAUUUGUGUCCUAAAUGACCUCAGUUUCCACACACAGGUGCAUCCUGGCCUGCAAGGGUCACGCCCUUACCUAAAGAACACAGUGGCUGCGAAUCCGCUCCGCUAAGAAAAACCCUGGAGACGGCACCUUUUUGUUUUGAUGUUCUCGCUGCAGAUUUCCCAUUCGUCCACUAAAAAUCGAGGAAGUGCAAUAUAUAACAAUUCUAUUGAGGGACAAAUGUAGACAAGCGAUUAUGUAAAAUCCUAAAAAAAACAGGUUUUCAAUGUAACCUAAUGUUUUCAUAUUUUAAUUUCAGCCAUGAAUAAAAAAUCUGUCAUCAUUUACUCACCCUCUUGUCAUUUCAAACCUUUAUGACUUUCGUUCUUCCGCAGAACACAAAAGAAGAUAUUAUGAAGAAAGUUGGUAAGCGAACAGCACUGGCACCACUCCACUUCUAUUGUACAGACACAAGUCAAUGGGGCCCAGACCAACAUUCUUCAAAAUAUCUUCUUGUGCGUUCUGCGGAAGAAAGGACAAACAGGUUUGAAAUGACAAGAGGCUGUACCUGUAUGUCAGUAAUGGGGCAGGAAGGGAAGAAAAUCUUUAUAGAUGAACCUGAGCACUUGCGUGAGGAAACAGACGCUGCUUCCAUGACUGAGCACACCGAGCCAAUUCCGGCCGAGCUGAGCAACACUGUGAAGUCUUUACAGUCCAGACUAGAGGCCACUGAGGAACUUCUCAAAGGAAAAGAACAUAAAGUGGCAUUUGCAGCCUCACUUGGAAGCGUACAAAACCAUGGACCCUUCAACACUGAGGUCACACUGGCUUACAAAGAUGUGUUUGUGAAUCAUGGGAAUGCCUACAACCCAAGCACUGGUAUCUUCAGAACACCUGUUAAAGGUGUCUAUUUCUUCACUAUAAAUGGGCAUAGCCACUCAUCCAAACCUUUGGGUCUGAGGCUGUUCAAAAAUGAACAACAGAUGGUCACUGUGUACAGUCACCCUCAAGGAAACCGCUAUGAAACCGCAACAAAUUCAGUCUCUUUGAUCCUGGAGGAAGGAGAUGAUGUCUAUGUGCGUCUAAGGGCGAAUACGUGGGUCUUUGAUAAUUCAAAUGACCACACGACAUUUGUUGGCCAUUUACUUUUUGCUCUUUGAUAACCUUUUCAUUGAGCACAAAAUGAUAAGGUAAAAUAAAUAAAAUAAAAACUGUAAU